UUGCUAUUCUUGUACAAGUAAAGAGAGGAUAUUAUAGAUUUGCACCACAAAAUCUUUCAACGACCCCUCCAAACCCCUCUUAUAAUUCUGUCCCAGUUGGCCCACAAUGUCUGAGAAGCCAGAGGUCGCCGCUCAACCUUCCGCCCAGGAAGCCGAAACCCUAAACGGUCAAAGUCAAACUGAAAAGGCUAAUGUUGACACCAAUGAUCAGACGGCUGAAGAGGAUGCAGAGGAAGCAGCGGAUGCGCUGUAUCCUCUUACCAUCCAUCUACCUCGCGAGCCGAGCAAAAUCCAUGUGAUGGUUUCGCCUCAAGAGCAAGUUCAUGAGCUACGACAGUCUAUUAUCGAGCUGCCUUCUGCUUUCCAAUACUCGUGUUUUCACCUCGAGCAUGCCGGCGAGCGCAUAAAUGACUUUGUGCAAAUUUCCGACGUGAAGGGACUCGGUCCGGAAGCAGAGAUCCGCUUGGUAGAAGACCCAUAUACCGAAAAGGAGGCUAGAAUACAUGUCAUCCGAAUUCGUGAUCUAGUGGGUGCUGCCGGGGACCGGACCGACACACUACAAGGCAUCCUGCCCGGAAUCUCCCUCUUCGAUUCUGUUACCACUGGUGCACAGGACACCGACAAUGUCCAAGCUAGUGCCUACGACUUCGAAGCUCCUGCGAAGCCUUCAACUCUCAUACCGAAAGAGGAAGAGCCCGCCCCUAAGACAGUGAAGUCGAUUGCUCUGUCGCCGUGGAACCCUCCUCCCUACCACCUUAGGCAGAAGGGCCACUUGCUGUACCUACUCGUCACCACGAACGAAGGAGAGCAGUACCAGAUCACUUCGCACGUUGGCGGGUUCUACGUGAACAAGUCGUCGAAUAGCAAAUUCGACCCCUUCCCCCGUCCUGCUCCUAAAGGACAUUCUGCGCACUCGCUAUUAACGCUCCUAACUCAGAUCUCCCCCUCCUUCUCGGAGUCUUUCGAGAAGCUAUUGCAGUACAACAACCGCAAGGACCCUCUUGCCACAUACCAGAUGACCAAUGCCAUCCCUGCGGCACCGUGGCUAGUUCCUUCGCAGUCCUCUCCUCUAUGCGCUCACAGCGCGGAUAUCACAAGGACUCAGGAGGGAUACCUCAUCUCUGGUGUUGAUAACACUGAUACCCUGCGAGAUUGGAACGAGGAAUUCCAGUCGGCGCGCGAAUUGCCAAAAGAGACGGUCCAAGAUCGGGUCUUCCGAGAGCGAUUCAUCUCCAAGCUUUUCGCUGACUAUUCCGACGCUGCUGCCCGAGGCGCCAUUCUGGUCGCUCGUGGCGAAGUCACUCCUCUUAACCCGACGGAAGGUCGGGAUGCCCAGAUAUUCGUCUACAACAACGUGUUCUUCUCGUUUGGAGCUGACGGUGUGGGCACCUUUACUUCCGAGGGUGGCGACGAUGCUGCCAGAGUUGCGACAGGAAAGGAUGUCAACGGUGUGCGUAUAGUCAACCAACUUGACAUUGACGGAUUGUACAGCCCGGCUACUGUAGUAGUUGACUACCUUGGAAAGAGAAUUGUUGGUCAGACCGUUGUUCCUGGAAUUUUCAAGCAACGAGAACCUGGUGAGAACUCCAUCGAAUACGGAGCUGUAGAGGGCAAGGAGGUUGUUGCGGCCGACGAACGGUUUGCGCCAACAUUCGAGAAGCUGUCAAAGGCUCUGAAAGUCAAGAAGCAUCCUGUCUGGGAUAAGGACGGCAAGCGAUUCGAUCUAGAAGCCAGUGUCGAAACCAAGGGAUUAAUGGGAACGGACGGUCGUAAAUACGUCCUUGACCUAUACCGCAUUACACCCCUAGAUGUUCUAUGGCUCGAAGAGAAUAGCAGCACCGAGGGAGAGAAGAACGAGCUUGAGUAUCCUCAUCGCAUGACAGUCUUGCGACCAGAACUUGUAGAACUGCUCCGAAAUCAGAAAUGGACUGAGUGGGUCAACAAGGAGCUCGCGCGCUUAAAGCAGAAGUCCCAGGACAAGUCUAAGGAUGAGAAAUCUAGCAAGGAAGAAAACUCGUCUACAGAAGACAAGGCCGAAGAGAAGGCCGAAGAGAAGGCGAAUGAGACAGAAAAGACUGAGGAUACCGAGGAGAAGAGCGCAGGGGAAGACAAGCCAAAGGAGUCCAGCGAUGACGCUACAACGGAGCCUGAGGAUCGCAUCGACGCCUCCGACUUCUACUUCGCACUGAACCCAGAUGUCUACAGUGGACAGGUUCCGCAGACUGACGCUGAAAAGGAAGAAAUGGCUGCUGACGAAGAAGAUGUUCGAAACGCCUGCAAAUACCUACGCGAGUCGGCAAUUCCCGAGUUCGUCAACGAUAUCAAGGCUGCGGAUCUGCCUUUCCCCAUGGAUGGCCUGUCCCUGGCCAAGAUGAUGCACAAGCGUGGUAUUAACAUGCGAUACCUGGGCAAGAUUGUGUCCCUCUGCGAAGGCCCCAGACUCUCGCGCCUUCGAGACCUGGCUUCACAGGAGAUAAUAUCGAGAGCAUUCAAGCACGUUGCGAACAAGUACCUGCGAUAUCUGCCAAUCCCUCUUACUUCGGCUGCUAUUGCGCAUCUUCUCAACUGUCUUCUCGGAUUCGGCUUCAACAGCAAGCCUAUCGCUGAGAUAGACGAGUCUCUGAAGGCGCUUUACCCGGAAGCUGAUCUUGCAUUUGCGGAUCUUACCCCGGAGAGUCUUCGAAAGGAGAUUGAAGUGCAGGCAAUUCGUCGAUUCAAGUUCACGUUGGACCCUGAAUGGUACAACCAGAUCAAGCACCUGCAGCUCCUCCGUGACGUAUCCUUGAAGCUCGGUCUUCAACUACAAGUAAAGGACUUCAAAUUCACCAACGAGCCUAGCGUUGCUACACCCGCUACAAAUGGCGUCAACGGUCACGCGAGCGGCGAGACCACCAAGAAUGACAGCAAGAAGAAAAAGAAGAAGACAAGGGAUGGAUCUCCGGCAUCCGUUGCCUCUUCUACCAGCACGCCAACAACCUUUACUGCGGAUGAUAUUGUCAAUGUCGUCCCCAUUAUUAAGGAUUCUGCACCCAAGAGUGCUAUUUCCGAAGAGGCUUUGGAAGGUGGCCGUCAUUCGAUCAUGCAAAAUAACAGGAAGAUUGGCCAGGAAUUGUUAUUGGAAAGUCUGACUCUCCACGAACAAAUCUACGGAAUCCUUCACCCCGAAGUUGCGCGGGCAUACUCCAGUCUUGCCCAGAUCUACUACCAGCUCGAGGAGAAAGAAGCUGCUGUCGACCUAGCAAAGAAGGCUGUCGUCGUAUCGGAGCGCACUAUCGGUGUCGACUCUGCAGAGACGUUGCUCUACUACCUAAACCUCGGUCUUUACGUACACGGGUCUGGAGACAGCAAGACGGCUCUUGCAUACGUUAAGCACGCGCUUGACCUAUGGAAGAUCAUCUACGGCCCUGACCAUCCGGAUUCGAUCACAACUCUAAACAACGCGGCAGUUAUGCUUCAGCAUAUGCAAGCAUACCACGAAUCCCGCAUCUGGUUCGAGCAAGCUCUUGCUGUCUGCGAGCGCGUGAUGGGCAAGCAGUCUCUCCCGGCUGCUAGUCUCCUGUUCCAGCUUGCGCAGGCACUCGCUUUAGACAAUGAAUCCAAGGCUGCUCUUGGCAAGAUGCGUGACUGCUACAACAUCUUCUUACAGCAGCUCGGACCGGAGAACAACAAUACGAAGGAGGCCGAGACUUGGUUGGAACAGCUAACGCAGAACGCUGUCGCAAUUGCGAAGAGGGACAAGGAUGCCCAAGCGAGACGUCUGCGGGCCGGAAUACGUUUCCCUGCUCGUAACGUCGCGCUCGGCGGUGGUGCCGGCGCCACGGCGCAACCCACAGCCUUGAACCAACCCAAGUCGGAUAAGCCAGAUGCUCGAAGCAUCGAUGACCUCAUCAAGUUCAUCGAGGGCAACACGGCUCAGAAGAAGAGCACCAAGAAACGCGCUGGCCGCAGCGGGCCGAAGACCCGUGUAGGCGCGUCGGCUGCUUCAUAAAGAGGUCAAAGAUAGGACACGGACAUGAUGUGGAUCAUGG